UGGGUUGCGCAUUGGUGGGUCAGUGUGGACUUGUUGGGCCGAAGGGCCUGUUUCCACACUGUAAGUAAUCUAAUCUAAUCUAAUCUAAUAUCAGCUUUUCUCCUUCCCUGGUUGACCAUUAUCCAUUCUUUUGUCUGCCUUGUUGUCUUUCUCGCCCUUUGGGCUGUCUGUAGCUAUUCUCUCACUCCUUUAACUCUUCUCCCCAGCCCCUGUCGUCAGCACAUAUAUCAUCAUUUUCUAGCUACUACUGAUGAAGGUUCCUUGGACCCAAAACAUUGACUCUGCUUUCUCUCCUCGGAGAAAGUAAGGACUGCAGAUCCUGGAGAGUCAGUGUCAAAAAGUGUGGCACUGCUAAACACAGCAGUCAGGCAGCAUCCGAGGAGCAGGAGAAUCUAUGUUUUAGGCAUAAACCCUUCGUUAGGAAAUGCCUGCUUUCUCUCUACAAAUGCUGUGAGACCUGCUGAGUUUCUUUCGUAAUUUCUGUUAUCACGCAAGAGUAUUUUUGAUACAUGUUUCAACGGGUUGUGUGAGAUGUUCAGUAUUUAGUAAACAUUAAUAACUAAUAAAACAUGAAUGGUCUGUUAUUGAGUUUGAGGACUGAAAAAUCUUAAAGACACAAAGAGAUUAUUUACCGAAAAUGAUCUACAGCUGAAUUUCCAAGUAUCAAUAUAUGAUGAGUACCAUUGAGAAUUUAUGGAAUAUUUGUAGUUUAAUGUAGAAAAGUAUGAGGUCUUGGAAAGUCAAAACAAGGUGGGAAUUUCAGGGUGAAUGUUAGGGCCGUAAGGAGUGUAGUGAAACAGGGACCUUGGAAUCAGGUGCACAGUUCUCCGUAAGUGGAGUCACCAGUAGACAGGGCAGUGAAGAAGGCGUCAGGUCUUCAUCAGUCAGAGCAUUGAGUAUCGAAGUUGGGAAGUUAUGUUGCAGGUGUACAGGAUGUUGGUGAGGCCGCACUUGGAGUAUUGUGUUCAGUUUUGGUCACCUUGUUACAGGAAGGAUGUUAUUAAACUGGAAAGAGUGCAGAAGAAAUUUACAAGGAUGUUGCCAGGACUCAAGGGACUGAGUUAUAGGGAGAGAUUGGACAAGCUGCGACAUGUUUCUUUAGAGCGUAAGAGACUAAGGAGGGACCUUACAGAAGUGUAUAAUGUCAUGAGACAUGGAUAGGGUGAAUGUACUCAGUCUUUUUCCCAGGGUUGUGGAAUCGAGAACUAAAGGGCAUCAGUUUAAGGUUAGAGGGGAAAGAAUAAAAGGGAACCUGAGGAGCAACUUUUUAUUUUACACAGAGGGUGGUACAAAUAUGAAAUGAGCUGCCAGCAGAACUGCUUGAGGCGGCUACAUUAAUGACAUUUAAAAGGCAUUUGCACAAAUACACGGAUAAGAAGGGUUUCAUAGGAUAUUGGCCAAGUGCAGGGUAAUAGGGUUAGUGUGGAUGGACAUUUUGGUCAGAAUGGACCAGAAGAAUUUUUCUUGAUGUAUUGGAAGAAGCCUCUUUAUACCUGGGUAAUAUGUAGGAAAAAUUGGAAGAGCCCUCGAGAAAUGCUGUAUUCUAGUAAUUUGGAGUCAAAUUGUUGGAGUUUCAUCAAGGCCCCUUAGAUAGCACCUUCCAAUUCUGUGACCACUUCCACCUAGAAGGACAAGAGCAACAGAUAAAUGGGGACCACCACCUGCAAGUGCCCCUCACCAUCCUGACUUGGAACUAUAUUGCUGUUCCUUUACUGUUGGUAAAUCAAAAUUCCAGAGCUCCCCCACCCAACAGUAUUGUGGGUCUGUGUAUGCCAAAUUGACUGAUAGUGGUUUAAGAAAGUGGCAUAUCGCCAUCUUCUCAAGGGUGACUAGGGAUGGACAAUAAAUACUAAGUGAAAGUGAGGACUGCAGAUGCUGGAGAUUAGAGUCAAGAGUAUGGUGCUGAAAAAGCACAGUAGGUCAGGCAGCAUCCAAGAACCAGGAAAAUCGACGUUUUGGGCAAACACCCUUCAUCAGGAAUAAAUACUAGCCUAGCCAGCAAUACCAAUGUCACCUGAAUGGAUACAAUGCGCAAGAGAUCCCUGCCUGGAAUUGUGUAGCAAAGAACGGACAAGUCUCCUAAAUCUCUCAGUCAGCAUCAAAGAAGCAGCAGCACAGAGGAAUACCAAGUUGUGUCUUGGGGCCCUUUGUAUAAAGAGAACACUGAUAUUUAUGAGGAAUGAUAUAAGGUUCUGCUGAUAAUAUUUGCAGCAUAAGACCCUUCCUCCCUUCAGUCUGUUUGUAAUACAUGAUUCAACACAGUGCAUUUGGAGUUGCUCAACACAGAUUCCAAGACGGCUGCUGGGGACAGGCCAUCGAGCAUGCCUACAGAAAUGCUCCAAGCAGAUAGCAUGGUCAAACCUGUUGGUUCAGCAACCACCUUCACAUCAGCUGUUCCCCUUCGCAUCUUAAAUAAAGGGCCAGACUAUUUUCGAAGGCAGGCAGAGCCUAACCCGAAAAGACUGAGUGCCGUGGAACGGCUUGAAGCUGAUAAAGCAAAAUAUGUGAAGAGUCAAGAAGUCAUCAAUGCCAAGCAGGAACCAGUGAAACCGGCUGUGCUGGCGAAGCCGCCAGUCUGCCCAGCAGUCAGGCGAGCAGCAGGUACCCCUUCACAAAAGCUAUCUAACAAUCAUAAAGCAGACAGCACUGCAAAAAGAGAAAACUUGAAUCUAGAAAUUUUGAAGAAUAUCAUUAAUAGCUCGGAAAGUUCCACCUCAGGAUCAGUGCACAAACACACUGCACGGAACUGGCCCCAGCAUAGACCUGCCUCUACAGAAAUCAACAGGCGCACAUUUGCAGAAUCUAUUCAGGUGUACAGUAACCAAGGCCACGGCAGUCUACAGGGAGGCAACCUGAAUGUAACCAAGCGAUUGUUUGAAGACCAAGUCAGUGAUUCAGCCCUGCACAUUUCUCACAGUUCAGCAGAUGUGAGGAGGGUUGUUGAAGGGAAGCCUCUAAAACCAAUCCCCAGCAGCAGUUCUGCUCCUCCUGUUCUCCCCAAACCUAAUAUUUCAACAUGUAAUGCACCCAAGUCACCAGCACAAACCCCUCCAGAUUUGCCCAACAAUCCAAGCAGACGGCCAUCACUUCACCGCUCCAAGUCUGAUCUCAGCGAUCGAUACGCCCGUGCCAAUGCUGACGUGGAGCGAUUCUUUAAUUACUGUGGACUCGAUCCUGAAGAACUUGAAAACAUUGGAAUGGAAAACUUCACAAGGGCAAAUUCGGACAUAAUCUCCCUGAACUUUCGCAGUGCGAGCAUGAUCAGUUCAGACUGUGAGCAGUCACGACGGAGCAAUGAUGACCUGACAGAUGACGAGGAAGCUAAUGAUCGUGUACCAUAUGGUAUUUCAGCUGUGGAAAGGAAUGCCAGGGUGAUUAAAUGGUUGUAUAGUUGCAAACAAGCUAAGGAAUCCCAGAAAAUAUCUCAUGUUUAAGAAAGGGACAAAAACUAGGUUUGAGUGAGAGAUUUUUGUAUUUUUAUUUUGUCUGUGAAUCUUUUAGUUGUGAAGAAUUGCGAUGUCUACUGGGAUUUUUCUUGCAGAUCUCAAUUCCACUGUGUUGCUAGCUGUCUGUUCUUUCAUUGCAUGCCCAUUGACUUGAACUCAGAAUUGGCCUAUACUUCAGAUUAUAUGAAGACAUGGACAUUUCAGUUGUAUUAGAUGUAUGCCUAUAUUCACAUGUAUUGAUCAAUAACAGCACGGGGUACUAUGUCCACAUUUUAUUGUGCAUUUCAAACAAUUAUAUCUGAGAACAAAUGGCCUUUAUUGUGACAGAAUCUAUUCAUAAAUAAUUGUAACCAGGAGAAAGGAAAAGCAUCUGUCUGCAACAUUGCGAUGGCAGUCAUUUUGGUCUUGAAACGCAUGGUACAGCCCAUGUCAUCUCUAAUAGUCCCAUGUAACCUGUAAUAGUAGUGAGUUGUCUAUAAUGUUUCUCUUGAAGCUGUCCAGUUUAAUGCAUCAGCACGGUUCAGCUCUGACAAUCCAUGUCUUCCAAAUCUGCUUUGACUGCCAGUCUAACUGUCUGCUGUAAUGUGGUGCUCAGAAGUGAAAAGUACAGCGGGUGAUCUCAUUAACUUGUUCAUUGUUGCUUUUUAAUAUACUCCAGUACUGCACUUCAUUUCAUAAAAAAGCUGGUGCCUGAGCUGAUGGGGAAACCAGAUUUUUUUGUAUUAUAUAAUUGCUGUUGUAAAUACUUUAAAGAUGUUAUCAGAUCUGUAAAGAAGAAUCUGUUAUAUGAAUAAAUAGUUUCCAGUUCAUUCAUCA